AUGUCUGACGAUGGGCCCGCGCUCAAGGAGUGGCCACCAGUCGAACUUAUAGCAGGUCUUUCCUUAGAGACGACUGCGGAACCAGAAAGCGAGCUUGAUGAGAAGGUUCAUUCCGAGCUUCUGCCCGGAACAGAAGUCCUCGAAAUAACACCUUCUGGAGCAAGUGCUUGGGUGCAGACCGUCCGUAUUCGAACCCGUCAAAAGGAUGGAACAACGAAAGACUACUUCAAAAAGAGCCAAAGCGGCAGCGUGGGUCGAAGAAUGAUGCUUGGUACAUUUGCGUCUGAGAAAGCGUUCUAUGAGUAUGCACCACACAAUAUCCCUAAACCCAUAGCAUGGGGCAAUUACAAGUCCAACGAGGACAUGUGGUUCUACCUCGCCGAAUACCAUGACAUGGUCGACGAAGUCCCAGACCCUCAACAAUUUGUCUCCAUAAUAGUCAAGAUCCAUCAGGAGAGCGUGGGGAAAUCACCAACUGGCAAGUUUGGAUUUGAUGUACCAACUCACCUGGCCAACAUUCCUAGUGACAAUGGUUGGGAAGAUACGUGGGAGAAAUUCUUCACCAAGGCAAUGAAAAGAAUGCUAGAGCUGGAAGAGCUGUCUCAUGGCAAGGAUGACGAAGAAUUCGAAGAGCUUAAAGAGAAGUUGCUUACCAAAGUCAUACCAAGGCUCUUGAGGCCACUUGAGUCUGGGGGACGCAAAGUGACACCGUGCCUAGUUCACUCGGAUCUGUGGCCUGGAAAUUGUAUGCCCGAUGCGGAUACGGAUGAAAUCAUGAUCUUCGACUCAUGCGCCUACUGGGGCCAUAACGAAUCAGACCUUGGAAGCUGGAGAGCACCCAGAUACCGAAUGGGAAAACCAUUCCUGAGGGAGUAUCAGAGACGUAUGGGCAUGUCAUACCCGGAAGAAGACUGGGAUGACAGGAACGCAUUAUACGCAAUGCGUUAUGAUAUUCUGGUCUCUGCCUUGUUCCCGAAUUCCGAUAAGUUCCGCAACCUUGCGAGGGACGAGAUGAAGCGCAUGUCAGAGAAGUACUCAAAUGGUUUUGAUGACUUCGAGGAGGUGAUUUCCCAGAACUGA